GGCGAAAUGACCACAUAAGGAACUCCCAGUAUCUUGAACUAGAUUGAAACGGCCCGAGUUCUGUUUCAGUACUAUCUCAUUCCUAUAUCUGUUCUGCCUCUCGUGGCCCGAGCUGCACACAGAUCUUUCCGAAAACCGGUACCCAACAGAGAGAUUGACCACAUCACCGCCGAGAUGGCCCUCGGAACCUUGCCUUCCAACGCGGCUCCUUGGGGCCGCUGGCCUCAUCAGCAGCAUGCUAGCACCGAGUGCGACUUGGUGGAAGCCAGCAACAUGGCACCCUACGACUGCCGGUCAGGCACCGUGGCCCCUAUCGCGCGGCCCGAGCUGGGCCAACAGUUCCUUCCAGGGCCCUUCACACCGGCUCCGCCGAUGCACUCUCCAGUCUCUCUACAAUACCAAGUGCCCGUCGCCUAUCCAUCAUUCACACCAUACACGCCCACGCCAGCGCUGAAUGCCCCUUUCCGGCACCGUGAGUCUCUGGAGCACCCGCAGCCGCGUGGUCUGCCUGCGCUACCUGCUGUCGUUGGGGACUUCCAGGGCCGUCAUGAUGCUUUGCAUGAUGAGAGAAGCAUCAGUCCAUCCAUCAAGAGCGAACCCAGGUCGACCGUAGCAGAACCCGCCUCCCCGCACUCAAAGACCAUCGUCCCGAACUUACGGGUACAAGGGGCCCCCGUCUACCAAUUCCACUCUCCUAUAGACAGGCUUGCCAGGGUAAUCGAGAUCAAGCGUGGGAUUCUGGACCCGCCAGAGCACAAGACAACGGGACCGGCAGAAGCAAGUGUCAAGCCAGAGGGAGCUGACACCCAGGAAAGCCACGGCAAGACGAAGCGGAAGCGUUUCUGCUGCGAUAUCCCUGGGUGCAACAAGAUGUUCGCCCAGAAGAAUAACCUGGACACCCACCGACGAGCUCAUACUGGGGAGAGUCCUUAUAUAUGCCCAAUCUGCCGGCACCGUUUCACGCAGACUGUCAACCUCAAGUCACACAUUCGUCGCCAUUUUGGAGACCGGCCUUACAAAUGCCCGCAGUGUCCCAAGGCAUUCUCUCAACCGUCCAACGUCAAGGCGCAUAUAAAGACGCACGAGAGGAGAGAGCUAAGGGCGCAUUGGGUUUGCAGGUUUGAUGGUUGCAAGAAGUCGUUCACUGCGAAGGGCAAUCUCAAGAGCCAUCAAAACACCUAUCACCGCGAGGCCAUCGAAGCCUUCAAUGCUAAGCUCGCUACCAUCGAGGACAAGAGCAUGAUCUCGGAGGAGGACAAAGAGAUGGCGCGGUACAUCGCCGAUGUGCACAACCUCGCCAACAAGGGGAUCAAGGGCCGCGGCAAGGGACGCAAAGUCAAGCGGAUCCUCCCGCACCCACUACCGCAGGCGUCCGCCACUCCCCAUUCGAUCAUCACAACCUCCACCACCCAUUGUCCGAUGCCCCUUGUAGCCCAUGGGCUCCCUCACCUCCAAGCCCCGCCCCAGCAGCAGCCUAUGGCACCUCACGGCCACCACUUUCACGGCUUGAACAGCCCUGCCGCCUACAGCAUAAGCAGGCCAUCCAGCUACCCCUACGGCGUCCCUCGGGAUGCCCAUGGACACGGCAGUUAUGGCAUGCUGGACUCGGACCAGAUCAGCGAGACUAGCAGCCUGCACUCUCCUUCGCCGGUCAUGGAUGUCUUUGGCGAUGAGCAUGACCGAGGAUUGGCAUUUAGCGAACGGAUGUACUGACCAACACUCUACAAGACGAAACGAAGAUUACGGCGGGAGGCUAGUUAGUAGGUGGUUUUCUGAUUCUUGUGUGUUUUGGAUCGGCUGUCUGAACAGUGUGUUGCUUUCUGGUCUCUCUAACUCGACCUGUUGCUUUCCUUAA